GCUUAUUGCACUCAUUUACUUAUGGCUUUGGUUUCUGGUUUGAUCUUGGUCUUUUUAGUUGGUAGCAUUUGUUUGUCGGAGGGCCAGUUUAACCGGCUUACAGUCGGUUUCUACGACGAAACAUGCCCCAAUGCCGAGUCCAUUGUUCGUGCCGUCGUCCGGGAAGCUGCUCUUUCGGAUUCCACCAUUCCGGCCGUCUUGCUCAGGCUUCAUUUUCACGACUGCUUCGUUGAGGGCUGUGAUGGUUCAAUCCUUAUAGACAAUGGUGAAAGCGCAGAGAAAAAUGCGUUUGGUCACCAAGGGGUUAGGGGAUUUGAAGUGAUAGACAAGGCAAAAGCACAGUUGGAGGCUACAUGCCAUGGCGUCGUUUCCUGUGCAGACAUUGUGGCCUUGGCGGCUAGAGAUGCCAUAUCGUUGGCGGGUGGGCCGAGUUACGAGGUGCCUGCGGGGCGGAUAGACGGAGUCGUUUCAAAUCUGUCCCUGGCCGGUGAUAUGCCGGAUGUUAGUGAUUCGAUUCAGCAACUCAAGGCCAAGUUCAUGAGGAAGGGACUCUCAGAAAAGGACCUUGUCAUUCUCAGUGCUGCUCAUACAAUUGGGACAACAGCUUGCUUCUUCAUGACCAAAAGGCUCUACAACUUUUUUCCAGGAGGGGGAUCUGAUCCAACAAUCAACCCCAUUCUACUCCAAGAACUCAAAAGAAAAUGUCCUGAAAAUGGUGAUGUUAAUGUACGGUUGCCGAUUGACCGAGGAAGCGAGGAAACAUUUGACAUUCACAUUUUGCAAAAUAUUAGAAGUGGUUUUGCUGUGUUAGAAUCCGAUGCCAAGCUCAAUGAUGAUGAAACUACCAGUAGUGUAAUAGACUCCUACUUUGGUUUUUUCCAGCCACCUUUUGGACCUUCGUUCGAGGCAGAUUUUGUCGAAUCGAUUAUAAAGAUGGGCCAGAUUGGUAUCAAGACCAGUUUGGAAGGUGGGGUUAGGCGAAUUUGCUCUAGUUUCUCAUAGAAGAAUAAUACAUGAGGACUAAUAUGCAUAGAACUGAGGUGAUGGAUGAACUACAUGUCUGAAGAAAACUUUGUUUCUUAGAUCUUUUGAUCAUUUUCACCAUUGUCUUGGCAUGAAUUUCAUACCCUUCAAUUGUACAACUCCCUAUUGUUUCUCAUUCAAUUCCAUAAAGCCAUAGGAAUAAAGAGAGGUCGUCGGUCCCUAUACCGUUGAAAGGGUAUGUUGUUUUACCACAUAUCUGACAUGUUAUGUAAUGAUCAUCAGUUGCUUUGCUUCUUUAAUCUGAACUGGAUAUCCAACUUGCUUUGGAUCCUUCUGAA